UUCGGACUUCUUAAGCUAAAGUACACGCAUUUUAAAGUAUUGUAACUUAGAGUGGACUUCAUUUUACCCCAACAAUUCUUGAUGUCUAGGCGAGCUGUGCUUUCGAGACUUGUAGCUCUAGUUGCUUUAGCGGUGUUGAGUGCAUCGGAAAGCAAAGGCGAUGGGUCCACAAACGCGAGUACGUGUGCGCAGACUGUCUGCAACAAGGGAAUGAUGUGUGUGGAAAGUAAGGUCGGUGAAGUGAUCACCCCAGAGUGCACGUGUCCAAUAAACUGUUCAAGUGUACAUCGCCCUGUUUGCAGCGUGUACCAUGUGGAAUUUCCAAAUAUCUGUGAGUUACAUAAGUUUGCAUGUGCAAAUGAAAUGUAUAUUAAAGUAAAGCAUCAAGGGAACUGCACUGAACAAGAGGCUUUAUCAGUUUGCCCCAAAUCACAAAUAAUCAAUUUUCAAGACAAGUGGUUACAAAGACUUUUCGUGACGUACCAGGGAAGCAGGGCAUUUUCUGUAGUUCAAAGGCUCCUACUUGCCAAGCGUAACUUUGACCGGUACUUUGACGAGGAUAGAAACGGUUUGCUCACUGAAGACGAAUUAUCAAGAAUUUUCCACGAGAAAACGUUUUUAAAUUCUGCAUGCAUUGCGGGGCUCAUUAGAUCAUGUGAUACUGACGGGACCCCAGGGAUAAACAGACAAGAAUGGUACACUGGCUUCAAAACGGAAGGAGGACAGUGGCGUUGGCAGCCCUGGACUGACUGCUCAGUCACGUGUGGAGGUGGUCGGCAAAGACGAACGGGGACUUGUAUCUUACCAAGUACAGGACAGAUACUGCGACGCAAGUUGUGCGUUGGGAAACAUCAUCAAAUUAGAAAAUGUUUCAAUAGAGAGUGUCCAGGCCUGUGGCGUUGGUCACCCUGGACUGACUGCUCAGUCACAUGUGGAGGUGGUAAGCAAAGCCGAACAGGGACUUGUAUUUCACCCAGUACUGGGCAGAGACUACAAAGAGAGCUGUGUGUUGGAAACGAUCAUGAAACAAGAAACUGUUCAAAUGAAGUGUGUCCAGGGCACUGGCGUUGGUCACCUUGGACUGACUGUUCAGUCACAUGUGGAGGCGGUCAGCAGAGACGAACUGGGACUUGCAUUUUACCCAGUACAGGACAGAGACUACAACGAGAGCGGUGUGUUGGAAACCAUCAUCAAACAAGAAACUGUUCCAAUGGAGUAUGUCCAGGAAAGUGGCGUUGGUCACCCUGGACUGAUUGCUCAGUCACAUGUGGAAGCGGCCGACAAAGACGAACUGGGACUUGCAUUUUACCCAGUACAGGACAAAGACUACAACGAGAGCGUUGUGCUGGAAGCCAUCAUCAAACAAGAAAUUGUUCCAAUGGAGAAUGUCCAGACUGGAUGGUGUCCGUCGAUACUGAUGGUAAAUGGAGCCGCUGGUCCUCAUGGACUGACUGCUCGCGUUCUUGUGGAGAGGGUCGACAAAGUAGAACUCGUGUUUGUACUGACAAAGCCAAUGGAAAGCUUCUCAAGAACGGCUGGUGUGCCGGCAAACCUCGGCAGGAAAACACAUGCGCGGACUGGAAGUGUCCAGAUCAAAGGAAAAGAAAGUGUCCAGUAGAUAGAGAAGGUACUUUGAAGGGACGGGUUUUAACAAAACGUGACGCACCUCUGGCUGGAGCUAAUGUAUCACUUGCCGAGUCUCCGUAUAAGAUAUUGGGUCGCACUCAAGAAAAUGGCUUCUUCGAAGUCAGUGCAUUCUGCUUCGACAAAGUAAAAGUCAUUUUGAUUAUCAAACAUGGAUACGUCCCCCAGACUUUUCGCAUAACAGACCCCAAGUCCACCAUUAAAAUCAAGAUGGAAAACGCAGUUCACCCGACAGUAACAGCUCACCCAGAAGACAGAAGACGUUUUCUUGGACAAGAUGUCGCAUUUUGUUGCCGCGUGGAAGGAAAUCCACCUCCAGUCAUAGAAUGGUUUCGAAAUGAAAACAUCUUAGACUCAGACGAAUUUAAUAACAAAGAAACGUUACUGUUGCGAAAGGUGGGAAAGCAGAUGGCCGGAAAUUUCAGAUGUCGAGCAGUAAAUCAAUUCGGCGCAGAAUUUUCUGAGUCUGCGACAUUAACAGUUUUCGAUACAGACAUGAAUACCUGCAACUCUACACCAUCCGAUUAUUACAUAAACCUUCCCGAUGGGUGUACAGAUCUCAACGGUAAAAGCAAGGUAAACCUUGGAAAGUGCAACAACAGCCCAUGUAUUCGAGUUGAUGUGCCCCCCAAACAGUCUUGUGAGGAAGAAGAGCACUGUUGUCAGGCUGGUGACGUGACUGAAACCACCGUUCGCUGUGGUCAAGGAGAGUUCACAGUUCAUAGCGUUGUGAGUUGCAGAUGUGACAUUUGCAAGGAAGGAGAUACCAUUGUGAAAGGAGUGGUGGUGGGAGGACCAGAUGAGACACCAGUGGAAUAUUGCGACGUUCUGGUUAAUGAUACAGUUGUUACCUUCUCCGACUUCGACGGAACAUUUCAACUGACUGUUACCAAGGCUGCAAAGCGGUUAGUAGUAACGUUUCGAGAUUACACUGAGGAGUACGAGGAAAGAACAGUUAUGUUACCUUUCCAAAAGGGCACAACAACAUUUCACAAAAUUCAUCUUCGGCCUGAAGCGAAACCCAUUGAAUUUGAUCCCGAACAAGAAAAGGUAGUGCCCCUUGUGGGAGAUGCAGCGGCAGAAGUUGUCAUACCGGCCAAUAGCUUGAUUGACAAGGAUGGAAACCCCCAAAAAGGUAAAGCGAAAGUCAAAGUGCAGUUCAGUGAUCCCAGAAGUGAGCGAGACAUUCUAGAAUCUCAAGGUGACUUUACUACUGUCGACGAAGAUGGCGAAGAACAGUUACUCAGAACGUACGGCCUUUUCAAAAUAAAGGUGCAGGACGAAAAUAACAACAACCUUGGCCUCACCAAGGAUCUUCAUAUUAACAUCGACAUAGAACAAAUAACUGGAGAGACCUUUAAUGAAUCUACUCCCUUACCACAUCUGUGGUGGCUGGACCAGAAAACUGGUCGAUGGUUGGACGCUGGCCAACUUGAACGAAACAGCGAGAGUGCCAAGCGUAGAAAGAGAAACUUAUGGUCCAGGGCAUUUUCUGGAGUAAUAACACCAGAGAAUGUUCAAUAUGCUUACAAUGUCGAUAAGACUUAUGAGAGUUGUUUUGCAAAGGUUAGAGCUGCCAGACACGAUGGAACAGGAGUGCCAAGUGCUAAAGUCACUAUUAUUUUCGUAAAUCCUCGUGGAGAAGCGAUUCAAGGGUACGUAAUGGAGACAACUGGCUCAAAUGGCUACCGAUGCAUCUCAACCCAGUGUAAUAGCGAUGGUUACAUGGAGGUUGAGGAGGACGGAGUGCCUUUACUGCCUGUUGCGCGCGAAGUGGCUGCUCUCCCUCCUGAAGCGGGUGCUUCCAUAGUAGAUAACCGAAGAAUCAAAUUUACUCCUGGUGCGCGACCACUCAACGGCCCUGUGUACCAAAAAGCUCAAGCUAGCUCUUGUUGGAGUAGUGGGCAGAGUUACUUCUCAUUUCAAAGCCAAAGCAACAGACAAGUUUUUAACCAGAGGUAUAUUCCGCAGCCUCCUUUCCAACAACGAUUUAGACGUGCAUCCAAUAGGAGAAGAUGCUAUUUAAAAAUCUUGACUUCCGGAACAACGAGUACCUUGGUAACGGCAGAGAGUUAUUCCGAAGAUGAGCAAACACUGUACGGGAAAGCCACCAAACAGACCGAAAGAGUCAACAGCAAUUUAUAUGCAGCUUGCAUAGAACACAGAUGUCCUGAACGCGAUGCAACAUUGAUUCGCUUCACAGUGUUGACCGGAGAAUGCCGAAGAAGCCGAGUUCAAGAUGUUUUAGACGAGAAUAGAAACAGCGGUUUAGCACCAAACGUGGCAAAGGCUUUAACUCCAACUGACGACGAACUAUCUGGGAGUUCUCUGGGGAUGUUCACGUGCCCACGGUGCAACACGGCAAGUCUCAUAAGCGACUUCGAAACUAACUGCCUUAAAAAGCGAAUAGUAGACAGGAGUAGGAUAAAAUUUUUCGCAGUUAAGUUUACUUGCAACUAGUAAAACACUUACCCAAGGCUCUGUCUAAAUUUUCCACUAAAAAAAAAAAUUCAAUGAAAGACUAGAAGAAUUCCAGAAAAUUAAUAAUUUUUUCUUCAUUAAGUACUACUUCUAGUAUCGUGUGUAUUUUUUUUUUUGCCAAAAAUAAUCUCUUUCAGUAGUUGGGGGUGACUCUUAUCAGUCCACCAUUCCCUCGUGGCAGCGUCCCUUCAUUUAACCUAAUAGGGAGCUUUGGCAACGACGUUUUCGUUUUUGUAACUCUUUCGAGAUUAUUCCGAUGUGUUUCACUUGGAAAAUGCUGGCGAACUA